AUGGAUCCUUUCUCCUACAAUCAACCUCUAAAAUCAGAGUGCCUCAUGGAGCCUCCACAAACAAACAGUACUGGAAAAGAAUUCCAAGAAUUGAAGAUCAAAGAAGAUGUAGGAAACAGAAAAGUACUAGAAAGAGUUUAUCUUCUAAAAGGGAACAUACACAGCAUAUCUGCUUGGGUAAAGUUGAGAAAUGAGUAUCAAAGAACAGUCAGAAUAACUUUGAGAGGAAAGAAUAUCAGAAACCUUCAUGGAGGUCAAGUUAUGGCGAGAAAAGGAUGCUGGUCUUUGCUUAAAGGCAGUUUCAUCGUCGAUGUCUCGGUCUUUGUCGACAUUUUCUUCAAGAGCGAUGGCUUAGCUGACGCAGAGAUAUCUGUACAAAAUGUGAGGCUGAAACGGUUCAAUAAAACUCAGUGGAGGCUACAACAAGACCAAGCCAUUGAAAAAACGCAGAUUCGGAAGAACAAAGUGAGAUUUGAGUUGAAAUCUUGGAGAGUGAUAGCUAGAGAAUGGUUCGUGUCGCGGUUUAGACUAACUUCCUUCACCAAUGAAAUGAAAUGGUAUACAAAUGAGCCAGUGAGAGGCCAAGAGAACUAUGAUCAGGCUGAUUCAAUUAUGAAGAUUGCGGAGGAAAACAAGAUUCUAGUCAAAGGACAUACGGUCUUGUGGGAUAACAAGAAUUGGCAGCCAAGUUGGGUAAAGAUGAUAGAGGAUCCUGAAGAACUCAAGAAUGUGACACUCAACAGGAUCAACUCGGUUAUGAAUAGAUAUAAAGGGAGAUUGAUAGGAUGGGAUGUGAUGAAUGAGAAUGUGCAUUUCAGAUACUUUGAGGACAUGCUUGGUGUAAACGCUUCAGCUAUGAUCUAUUCCUUGGCCUCCAAGCUUGAUCCUGAUUUACCGUUGUUCGUGAAUGAGUUCAACACAAUUGAGUAUGCUCGAGAAGGAGUUGGGAGCUCAAUUAACGUGAAGAGGAAGAUGGAAGAGAUUGUUUUAUACCCUGGAAACACAAAUAUCAAAGGAGGAAUUGGGGCACAAGCUCACUUUGCUCCGGCACAGCCUAACUUGGUUUAUAUGAGAUCCGCAUUAGAUACGUUAGGCUAUUCGGGUUUUCCGGUUUGGCUCACGGAGGUUGAUAUGCCCAAAUGCCCUGAUCAGGCUACAUACAUGGAGGAGAUACUGAGGGAAGCUUAUUCGCACCCUGCGGUCAAAGGCAUAAUAUUAUAUGCAGGGCCUGAGGUUUCUGGUUUCAACAAGUUAACGCUUGCCGACAAAGAUUUCAAGAACACAGAAACAGGGGAUCUCAUUGACAAGUUGCUCAAAGAGUGGCAACAAGAACCUGAAGAGAUUUCUAUCCAGUACGAUGAACAUAAUGAUGAAGAAGAAGAAGGUGGUCAAAUAAUUGGGUUUUCACCAGAGAUUUCACUGCUCCAUGGACAUUACACAGUGACUGUAACUAAUCCAUCGAUGAAGAAUUUUUCCACCAGCUUCAGCUUCGAGGUAACUAAAGAGAUGGGUCAUCUUCAAGUGGCUCAACUUGAAAUUGAUGCUUAA